GUUCUUAUUACUGAAACAAAUGAUCUUCGCUUGCACAUUCUCCGAUUUAUAGCAAUGUAAGUUUCGAGUCUGAAGAAGUGGACAUUCCCACUGGCUAAACUUGGCAGCAAAAUCUGAGAAUUUGAACAGCUCUUCAUUGUGUCUGCGCAUUGUUCUACAAAUUGCUAAACUAGACGGCUACUAUUAGUUCAGCACAAGUUUACGACCUAAGAACGAGUUUUGAAAAAUAGUGCGGGAAUAAAAUCGGCUCUAUGUGAUUAUUACAUCGUUAUAAUAUCGUUGUACAAUAUCCAUCAUUAUAAUUAUUACAUCGUUAUAAUAUCGUUGUACAAUAUCCAUCAUUAUAAUUUCAUCUUUCAUUGUAAUUUUAUGUCUGAAAUAUUUCGAUGAGAUGACGUUUCGUCAAACAUAUAGAGGAAAGUCGUCUAUUAUGAGAUACACUCCUAAUAGCGAGAUAGCAAGGUUUCUGCGGAAAUUAAUAAUAAAAAAAGAUCGUGAUUGAAUUUGUACGUUGAAAACCUGCUAUCUCAUAUUUAGAAACCUAUCAAUAUGUGAAGAGGAAGCAUACGCGAAAAUACAUAAUGCUUUGAAAUUCUUAGAAUCGCGAUUACGAUUAGUCCGAGUACAUGUCGGGUUUUACUAGUUGCAAAGGCCAGUGUGAGCUUUGUCCGUAAAUUUCGCCAUCGUUGUCGACCGAGAUUGACUAAAUUUGCAGUAAGCGGAUCAGCGUGUUCGUUUGCUGCUGUCCCACGACCUAAAUAGGACUAUGAAUAAAUAAUCAGCAAUCGUAUUCAUUUGAAUGCAAUCACUGCUAUGGAAGUCACAUUAAAAUUUCAUUACUUGUUGCCCGAAAAAUUAUAAGAUUAUUCAUAUUUUAGUCAUAAUUAAAGAGAAGGGGAAGUUAAUAAAUAAAAACGAACAUACGAGAUUGUCGGCACAUUAAUGCUUAUUAAAAAUAACAUCAAUCCGCCAAUUUUUCACCAAUAUAGUUGUAAAAUAUUAUUGUACAUUAUAUACUCAAUAGCUUAUUUAAAAUGUUUUUCGCGAUGGUAUUUUUAUUAUUGCAUUGUCACGAAUCGAAUUCUCACAACUGUACGCUAUUUCCUAAAUCUCGAAUUAUUUCGCGGCGACAAUAAAAAGCGGCAAAUUCGCCAGGUACGGCAUGGGAGCAUCACCGAAAUUUUACGGACCACCGUCCGUGAUCCUUCGAUAUCUUGCGUAAUAAAUCCGCGCCGGCCGAACCGCAGCGGCUCCGGCAGCGUCGAUGCAGUCGGAGCCGCGGUUAGAAGAGGCCGCUGCCGCUGCUGGCGGUCGACCGCCUCGAAAUGUUGAUGCUAAAUAAAACUUCUAGCUACUUGGGCCGAUGCCAUGCGCUCUAAUUUCCGCGAAGGCACGGCCGGCUGUGGACGUGGUGGCCCGGGGUUUGCCACGUCGGAGGGCGAUCUGCGCGACAGAUCACCGAUAGAUCCUAGGGAUUCUUCGCGAUCGCGAGGCGGGAAGUGGAGAUUGCGGAGAAGACGGAGAAGCCGCGAGUGAGAAGGCGCGGAGCCGUUCAUCUUGGGCGGUUUCUUAGACGGGAAGUCGCUCUCGCGCAUCACGCAACAGGCAUCAUCGGCAGACGGUGGUUCGAGCCUUGCGAACAACGUCCGGUCCUCGCCUCUUCCAUGUGAAGGCUGCCCUGUCAUGGCUAUCGCCCUUCUGGGCAAGUGCGCCGCGCUGCUGGGUCUCGUCGUACUCUACGCCACCUGCUAUGGCUUCCGGAUACGCGAUGUUGUACCGCAGACGCACCAUCAGACUGUCUGCGUCCCGGCGCAUGGUAGAGCCUGCCCAACGGACAAAACGGUGACAACUGGGGGACCGAUGCAUUCGGUCCGGAAAUCGUACGAAGGCACGGUUCCGCGGACCAUCGCUGGUGGCCGGAAACCACCUGCCGAGCCGACGUCAGAUGCGGAAACGGUAAGAAUUCGAAUUGAGAAAAUAACUCAACAUUCAAGAGACAGGGGCACGACUGGAUCUACGCCGAGGAGCUUCAGGAUAGAAAGUGACGAGAUGGAUGACGACAAGGAGGAGGAAGAGACAGUUGUGGAAGUGGUAAGCAUGGAGGAGGAUGAGCAAUCGGUGGGGGAUUCCGAAAGAGACCAGGAGGACGGACAGACAGAUGAAGACGAAGAAGAGGAAAAAGCAACUGAGACUGAACUAUCAGAUCAAGAUGCUGAAGAUAAGAAAAAGAAAGUAAAAAAUAAGUUUUCUAUUGACGAUAAUGAUGAAGAUGAAGAUGAUGAUGAAGAUGAGGAUGAGGAUGAGGAUGAGGAUGAGGAUGAGGAUGAGGAUGAGGAUGAGGAUGAGGAUGAGGAUGAUAAAACGACUUUUAAAGGAGAUUCGAAAAAACACAUUAAAGAAGAAUCAAAAGAAAUUACAAAGACUAUGAAAUACAGUAAAACCGAUGAUGAUGACGACGACAAGGAAGAAGAAGGCAAUAAGAAAGAAAAAGAAAAGAAAGUAGCCAAAAUAGAUCAACGCAAAGUAAUAGAAUCGCCUAAAAAACAACUUGUCGUAUCACAUAAAAAACAAGAGAAAGAAGAUAAAGAAGAAGAUGAUGAGGAAGAUGAAGAUAAACAGUCUGAUACAAAAGGAACCACUCCAGCACCCAGAAAGUUAGAGAAAGUGAGGCUCGCUGAUAAAGAUAAAGCAAGGACAGCUAAAAUUUUACCUAGCAAACCCGAGGUGGAAAAACCAAAGCAAGAAGAUAAAAAAUCAGCCGAUGUUACGAAACCAGCGGUUUCGAGCGUGAAAAAGACAACCGAAAGCGCGAAAGAAUCCGUCGACAGCACGAAGAAAUCAGUCGAAGAUGCCAAGAAAUUAACUGAAGGUACGAAAAAAGUUGAAUCGAUUAAGGCUACUCCUAAGCCUAAACCUGAAACUGCAACGAAGACAGUCGAAAAAUCGAAGACAUCAGUGAAACCGGAAACUUCACCUGCACCGAAGAUUAAGGAGCAGGCGAAACAACCGGAGAAGGCGGAUGUCAAAAAAGUAACAACGAAACCAACUUCGAAGCCGUCGAAGGAAGUUUCGCAAGCGGAGAAGCAAGAAACGAAGCCGAAAUCGAAGAAACAUACAGACGCGCCUGUUACAUUGUCCGAAGUGAAUGAUGCAAUUCUGCGUGUGCCGACCUUCGUGCCAAAUUUUACGAACGUUGAAAAUCCGGAAUGUCAGCAACAUGGCAAGAUAUUCCUCCGACAAUUGAGAGGUUACAAGUUGUGGGCGCUGCAAAUGUUAGACUCGAGCGCGAAGAUUCCGUCGGGCUUGUUACGAGGAAACGCGAAUCAGUUCGGGGAUUACGAUCAAUGUUUGGGUGUGCUGGCGCAUGUUAAAAUAGACGAGAAGACGAUAAGAAUUCAAGGGAAAUAUUGUCUGGCUACUGUGGACCUGCACGCUUCCCAUUCGGACAUGAGGCUGCCAGUCAAUCUAAUGCAAGCCCGCGCUUUUAUACGAGGAAAUAUGUACGACCCAGGUCAUUUCAUUCCAAAAUUCACUACAUUUAAUUGGGCGCUGUGUCUACCCGCGGCGUGUUCCGCCGAAGACGCUGAACGUGCGUUAGAAAGUACCUUAAAGGAUUACAAUGGAACUGUAGGGAUUAAAUUUACGGUGAACGUCGAUCCUAACAUGUGUUACGUCAAGCAAAAGUCUCAGACCUACUCGAAAGAGACGAUCGGCGUCUUGUACUUUUACGCUAUGAUUGUUUGUCUCGUUAUUAUAGCGACUGUGAGGGAUUACUUGGUGAAGACGCGAGGGAAAGGAAAUUAUUCUGAGAGGAUAAUCAUGUCAUUUUCCUUACGAAGGACGAUUAAAGCCUUAUUGAAGGAAGCGACGGACGCUGCGGAUAUUACGUGUAUCCACGGAAUAAGAGCGCUGGCUACCAUCGUUCUUUACAUUGCCCACCAGCUUAUAACAAUUUCCCGAAUACCAUUUAGCAACCGCGCUUUUCUUACCGAGAUCGCCAAUAGUCCGGCCAGUUCUAUCCUGCGAGUGUCGCUGGUUUACACGGACGCAUUUCUGCUGCUGAGCGGUGUUCUCACCGCUUACAACAUGGCGAAGGAACAGAAGACUCGCGGUGAGAUUCGCUGGUUUUGUCGCUUCAUUACCAGAUUCAUCAGACUUUCACCGGCGUUGCUCGCGGUGGUUUUCUGGUACGCGUUCGUGAUGGAGCACGUCGGCUCGGGCCCGCAAUGGAACAGCGUCGUCACGGCGAACGCGGAACUCUGCAAGAACAACGCGUGGACGAACCUGUUGUACGUGCAGAACUUUCUCCCAUUCGAGGAGAUGUGUGCCACGCACACGUACCAGUUGGCCUUGGACAUGCAGCUGUCGCUCGUGGCGCCUAUCCUGGUCUUCUUCCUGCAAUACAAGCUCCUCAUCGGUAUCCUUCUGAUGACCUUCCUCAUCCUGUUAUCCGCGACUCUUCGUUACGUAGCGACAACGAGCAAUUAUCUGUCUCUCGUCAUCUAUCACGGGAUAUCAUUGAAACGCCUUUACAAGACUGCCAAUUUAACUUACGCGCUGCCGCUGCACAGAGCGACGCCGUACCUCUUCGGCGUCGGCCUCGGCGUGCUGCUGCAUUACACCGGGAAGAACGUCAGGAUUCACAGGGUGUUAGUGAUCUUGGGUUGGUUGAUUGCGACGGCCUUGGGCUCAUGGUCGUUAUUUUCACCCUGGCGUCAGGCCAGGCGAGAUUACGUGUACGACGCUGAAGAGGCUACUCACUAUGCAGUGAUCGGACCGGUGCUGUGGGCCGCUGCUCUAUGCUGGUCAAUAUUUGCCUGCUUCACGGGGCACGGAGGCGGUGUUAACAGAUUCCUCUCCAGCUACUGGCUAGUGAUCCUCAGCAGGAUAUCGUACGCCGUCUACCUGACGCAGUUCGCAGUAUUUUUCUACAAUGUUGGGACCACGAAAUUCUCCGCGGAGUUUCAGCCUCAUAGAGCAAUUGAUCCUCUGGAAGUGGCGAUAGUGAUAGCCGCGUCGGUCGUUUUGACGUUACUUUUUGACCUUCCAAUGCAGGAAGUGAAGAAUGUCAUAAUGGAAAGUACAGACGUUUCGACGCUCGGUGUUUCCGAAGAAGAAAAGGCACGCGCGAACGAGGAUAAAAACGCCGAAUCCGUCGAAACCACGAAAGUGGCGGUCGAGCACGCAAAUGUUUUCGAGGAUGACGAAAUCGCGUCAACCGGGUGGGACUGGCAGAAGGAUAUAGCUCACGGUGCUACCAUUCUCGAGGGGCACGACACGGAAGAGGAAAUGGUAGACGUGCCGACACUGAAGAAGGUGAACGGAAGGCGAAUGUCAUUCAUCGAUCACGAUUCCGAAGAGGUAUCGAGCAAAGAUCGAGCCAAGCUAGUGACGAGAAAACCAUCCAGAGACACGGAGAGUCACGCGGAGAGUCACACGGAGAGUCACACGGAUCGUAAGAUAGGCGUAAACAGCCAGAGAUACGCCACUGAUGACUCUGAAGAAGAAGCUAUUGAACUUCUCAGAAAUAAACGAGAACAUGACGAGGCUGUGGCUCAGCGCAACAGGCGUUCGUUAUCCAGGACCAAAGAGAACAAGAGACCAUCGUCAAGGAAUAGCGAAAGCGAGGAAGAAUGGCAGCGCAGAAAAAAGAUCGAGGACGAUUCGAGGCAGUCCAAGAGAUCCGAGUCCAAGGGGAGAACGUCGGCCAGGGAAGCGGACGAUCGUUCUUGGGAAUUCGUCGGAAAGGAAGGUUCAUCCGCGAAAGAACAACACGAAUCGAAGCCGCUUCUCGUGAGACCGGCGGAUCUUACGAGAAGAACAUUCUCUUCCGAGAGCGAGGAUGAGCCGUCGGCCCAAGCGAGAACAAAGCCGGUACGCGUUUCGAGUUCCGAAGCGAAGACGAGCGACGAGGAGGAAUGGGAACGCGAGUUGGGGAUACGGAGGAAACAGUUUAUGGAAAAACUGAUUGCUCAACAGCGCGAGUCAUUGGUUGAGGGGGAGAAAGAGGCCGGAGGGGAGCCCUUGCAACGUAGAUCCUCAGCGGAGGGCAGAAUAGCCUUGCUAAGGGACGAUAUCACGGAUGAAGAUAACAUGGACUCGUGGACCGUAAGCGUUGGCCCGCGGAUCACGCUCCUCGGGUCCUCUCAGGAACCGAGUGAGCCCGAGGAGGAUGGUAUCUACAUGCGGCGUAAAGAAUAUCGCGAACAGGGUCCACCAUCGAGAGAAGAGAGUCUGAGCGAGGAAGAGACCAGCCAGGACACCUCGAAGAGACAAUCGUACACCAGUGGUAGUCAGAAAACGUCCCUGGAAGAGGAGGACGACGUUAACAGCUAUAACUUUAUCCUGACCAAGGGAAGCAAGAGAGAAUCCCUGCAAGAUCUGUCGCAAUUGUCGCAGGAGGAACUGGCGAGUGCCGGUUGGAACGUCGUGAAGAAAGAAGGCGAGCUUGUGAUCAAACCGACGUCGACCGGCUUAUUCAAACGAGAGUCCAUCGUGAAGAGUCAGGCGAGCGAGGAGGAUCCCGAGUACCUCCUGCCGGAAAGGCCGAAACUGGUUCAGCAAGAGCGGGAACAUCCCUUCAAGAAAGCUUGGCAGAUGCAGAAGUCUAGAUCGGAGGAGGAAGGCUCCUCGGCUUACAGCAUAAAGGAUUCCAAAGAGCAGCAAUCCGAGAAUAAGGCGAAGGAACCGUCAAUUAAACGCGAGCAUAGCGGGGAGCAUAGCGGGGAGGACGAGGUCGAGUUGUUCGCCAAUGACGACUCGGUCGAAGCCGUCGUGGUGCUGCGAGGUAGAAGCACCGACACGGAGGAUGCAAGGACCAGCUCGACGAGAUCUGGCACGGACGAGACAGAUUCGACCUCGACGGAAUACAGUGGAGCUACGCGCGAGACAGAUCGCAGGCAGAGCUCGAAAUCGGAGACCGACGAAGAUUCCGCGAAAUUUAAUUGGCCCGGCGAGGAAGGGGAGGAGGUGGCGGAAGACGAAGCUGACUGGAGAGGGAAAUUGGAGGAAACGGGCUGGGACUGGGAGCGCGAGGAAACUUGACGAAAAUGACUUUAGACGAUUGCAUAGAGUGACUAUAUCUUACCUUCAAAUUCGGUUGAAGGUAAAGACGGGAGGAAGCGGUGACCGGAUCGUAGCGGUCAAAUGGGUUGUGCGUUUUGCAAGAGGUAAGAUACGCUGGCGAAGAUACAUGGAGAAACGAUGGAAAUUUAUAUUAAUCGUUAUAUCAUAUAAGUUAAUAAAUUAUGAAGAAAAUAUUCUAUACGUAUUGUUUUUUUUUCUAUUUUUUUUCCACUGGAUUCCAUGCCGUUUGGAUCAAUGUUUCGUGUACGUUGUGUGUGUUCGCGAUUCAUUUACAAACCACUUGUUAAUUUUUCACUUUAAGAAAUUCCGCAAAAUAUCCGAUAAAUUUUCAGAGAUAAUUAUAAUAGUAAUUAUUAAAUAAUUCGUAAAGUUUGUUUUCUUCUUAAUACUAUAAAAUAGAAGAAUUAAAAUGACAUUAUUAUUAGUAUUAUUUUGUCCACGAAAAGUUUAUAAAUCUCGUCUCACAUUUAAAAGAAGAAAGGGGUGACGCGCAAACGGGAUCGAUAUAGAAUACAUCAUUAAAAUGUAAUCAGAAACGCAUCGUUGUCUUCCAAUUCUAUGGUCAGACACUCUCGUUAACGCUAAUUAUGAGAUUUCAUAAAAAAAUCUGUGAGCUAUCCGUCAUUUAAUCUUUCCGUUAAAAAACGGAUGUUUUGCGAAUUUUGUCCACGAUUUUAACGAAAAGCCUUUUCAUUUCAUAUCACAUUUGAUAUUAUUUACGACUAAAAAGUAGACACAUAAUUACGCAAUAUUAAAUUAACUUUAAAAUUCAGAUUCUGCAUUAGCCUUUCUAAGGGAAAUAUAUUACGAAUAAAAUUUUACUUUACAAUAGCACAAUAUAGAGUUUAUACAUCACAUAAUUAUAUAUUUUUAGUGUUUUGUACGGUGCGUAAAAAUUCUGAAAAUCCUGACUGUAUAUGUCACAUCAUUUCAAUAUUGAAAUAAAAUAUUAUAAUUUA